AUGCUAACUGGACCGUCAGAGGCGAGCAAAACCCGAAUGCGCAAAGUCAGUGCAGAAGAGAUAUUCGAUCUUCAAUCCCUCCGCAAAGUGUACAACAACCCUGAUCGAACCAACGAGGCCGUCCUGCGUGUUUUCCACGUUCAAAACGCCGACUGGGCUAAGGAGUAUCUCCUGAGGAAGUUCAACAUCGACAACCGGGACGAUCUCGUCGGCAACGAUUUUGGGAAGUAUGUCCGACAUAAGAACCCGGAGAGACGUGGUGGACGGCCGUUUCUGAACGGGAAGACAUGGAAAGUCCAGUACGAUCCGUGGCGAGGAAUCAGUAAGACCUCGUUUGGACUGGAUUAUCUGAAGCAGUACCAUAAAUCUGCGCAUCUUACUCCACGCCACCGUCGGAGCCCGGAGGAUGACACCCUCAAGAUGAUGGAACUGGACUCCUGGGGAGACCAAGAUAAUCCAAGUCGUGGCUAUGAUGUAUAUGUACAGCGGUUCAGCUGCUAUAUUCAACACAAACAAGCUACAGGGCUGCCUUCCCUGGAAAUGGAGGAUUCGGAUAUCAAAAAUCCGUAUCAUAUAGAGGAUUGCCAGACUGGUGACUCCCCAGAAAAGCGGAAAGACGUAUACGUUCCAUGUCUCAGCUCUCUGGACAACGGCAAUGCGAUCCUUAUAUUCGACAAUUCUCACACCGGAUGUCUAGAAGACACUCUCAUCCCACCCCGUCAGACAUGGGAGGAGAGAUGGAGACGGCUUCCUUUCUUCCUUGCCUUUGAGUCAAAGGAUCUUGUUGAAAGUGACGAACAGCUCGCUUACCACAGCACCAGAAUUAUUUUAGACGAUAUUUUCAAGGUCCUGACCGCAAACUGGGAUUCAUUCCUAAAUUUAGCAAUGGACCAUGUUAGCAUUUUGGAGGACAAGAUAUAUGAACGGCCGGCAGAUGAAACUCGUGCCCCAUUGCUUUGGACCAACUCGAGUUUGUGGCUCAAAGUUGAAAAGUUACUGUUCAUUCACCUUGAUAUCGUCAAAGAGAUGAUAACACGGCUGCAAGACCUAACAGAUGACGUAGAAUCCGAUACUCCUUGGCUGGAAAGCAUACCCGGUGACUUUGAGCGGCUGGGCACCACUAUUACUGAAGACCUGAUAAAGCCGACUGAGAACCUAAUAUCCCUUCUGUACCAGUCAGUCUCUAUCAGGGACAGUCGGCAUAGCAUUCAACUAAACGUCAGCAUGUGGCGUCUGAGCUGGAUCACUUUCAUCUUCCUCCCGAUGACUUUCAUCACUGGAUUCUUUGGCAUGAACGUUGAUACCUUUAAAGACGACCCCGAUAUUAAAUGGUACUUCAUAGCCACUGUACCAUUCAUGUUCCUGGUCCUCCUCCUUUGGUACAUAAUCAAGCAUUACCUCGCAAGCCGACGCCAAACUCCGCAUCAACGAGGUAUUUAUGAGAAUUUCUUCAAUGAGAUGGCCGAUCGCAACCCGUCACUCUGGUCUAGAAUGGGUCCGCGUGAUUACGUUGUUCCACAGGGUAUUCUAUCACGUAUUAAAUGGCAUUUCAUCAAGGUUUGGAGUGCCCCUGAACGUACGAUCCUGUUGGACGCCGACAGUGAUGGAUCGGGUGGUGAUAUGGGCACCAUAUUCAAGAUAAAGCAAUAUUUGAUUCGCAGAUGGACCUCCCAGCUCCGAAAUAACAAGGCAGUCAAGGAAACAGCACUUGAAGAUGGGUUAAUAGUACCCGAAGAUGAUACCGUUAGUGAAGCACACAGCAUUGCCGACGGGCUGGCGGGAGCUACUGAAAUGCUUGUGAUACCCGCCACUCCAGCCGUGGAGUCACGAAUAGUGCCUGAGAUAGUGACAUUGCAUACCAGCACUCAAACUCAGCCAGAUGCCCCUGAGGCUAUAGCUCCUCGCUCGGCAUUGUCGUUGAUGAGCAGCGCACAUCGUCGAAGUAGCAGCGCCGGAAGGACCAGUGGUUUGUUGGUUGAAGAAGAGGAUUACCAAUGGUUGAGUGAACGAGGUAGACAGGGGAUGCGAUGGGCCUGGAGGUCGUCGAGUUCCAGGGGUAGAAGUCCUCACGAAAGCCCCCGACGACACAGUCGAAGCCGUAGCAGAGAGGAUAGAGAAGUUGAGAAGAGCGGCGGUUCUACUUCGCCCGUCGAUCAGGGCACUGAGACGAUGCCGCAAUCGAAUGAUGAUAACAACGAGUCACCCACAACCGUUCAUGACACAUCUAAUACCCAUACUUGA